AUGCCUCGCGACGUCUCUGGAUCAUUCAUUCCGAUCACCGAAGUUCUAUUGAACACUCAGGCUAUGAGGAAAGAUUUUGCGCUCACAAAGUCAGGCUCACGCCGGCAGAAACAAGACAUUGGCAAUUACGGGCCUGUUCUCAGCUCUGCAGAGGUAGGAUGGCUCAGUACUGGUCUUCAGGGCCAAGUUGGGUACUUCGGCUAUACCUCCAACUUGCAAGUGGUAUUGACUCUUCCCCUCGUAUCUCCUCACUCUCCUGCGGCGCUACACCAUAAUGAGGCCAACAAUCACAAAGAAAUGGCAGAUCUGGAGGAGUUCCAAGCUCACUUGGUCGAACUCUACUUCACCUACCAAAAUCCUGCUCUACCCAUCAUACAGAAAGAGGCAUUUAUGGAAGAUUUAGUGCGGCGAGAACGAAGUCCAUACUUCUCCAAGUUUUUGCUGCAUUGCAUACUUGCGAGAUCUGCACGAUUGAGUGAUCGUCCGUAUGCUGUUUCGCUUAUCCCUCUCUAUUCCAAACGCAUAAAAUCAGAACUCUUGAACGAGAUUGAUAAUCCAGAUAUUACCACCAUCCAAGCAUUAUGUCUUUAUGGGCAUUUCCUGGGAAGCAUAGGGGAUGACAGAGGCUGCUGGCUCUAUCCUGGUAUGGCAUUUCGGUUGGCAUAUGAUCUGGGCCUCCAUCGAGACUGUUUGCACUUAGUAAAGACGGGAAAAUUAACAGCUCGAGACCGGCAGUUGAGGAUCUCAACUUUUUGGGGCUGUUAUGUGCUGGAUAAGAUAUAUUGUGUUUGUCAAGGCCGACCUAGCACAAUCAAGAUCCAAGAUGUCAGCAUUCCACGUCCCUCAAAAGAUACAGUCGGUUCUCAGCACCAAUUGCUGAGUGCUUGGGUGGAUCUCUCCAUAAUACUUGAUGACAUGAACGCGAUCCUGAAUGGGCAGCCCGGGGAUUUGGAUAAGGACGCCAAUCUGAAAAAUUUGUCCGAUAUUGCAGAUAACCUGCUUCUCUGGUUGAGAUCACUACCCUCAGAUCUUUGCUGGAACAAAAAUUCCUUUCCUUCCCCAGAGGUUUGUGCACUUCACACCCAAGUACUGAUCGCCAUCGUCCUCAUACACCGCCCUUUUGCAAAUUCUGCUCCAUCGACUACAGAAACUCCAACAACUCAUAAGAAACAGCUGCCUGGAUAUUCUGCAGACGACUCGCGCAAUAUCUGUACGCAGAACAGUAUUCGCAUUGCAAAGAUGAUCGAUGCAUUCGGACGACAGUAUGGAAUACAGAAAAUCUUUUCGGUGGCCGUAUACAUUGCCCUCACAGCGGCCAUGACACUGGUCUCCAAUGUCACACAGUCUACCGCACUGCAAAAGCCCCAUCCCGAAUCGAAGAAAGCUCUCGAUGUCUGUCUGGAUGCGUUGAGCGAUUUAAGUCCUUCCUUUCCCACCGCAGGCCGUCACCACGCUAUUCUGAAAUCCAUUCUGAAAUCUUGUGGCUAUCAGCACGAACUCGAUCGUGAUAAAGCUACUACGAAUUCAAUGGGUACUCGAUCUACUCCUCACGUUGUGGACGUCGCGCCACAAAUACAAUGCCCCACAACGCAACGGCGUGACAAAGGGGAACACAACUCAGCCGAGCACGAGAAUUCUGUCCCGGUAAUGACACAGCCAGUGGUCACGGUGGCCAACGUUGGUCGUACAGGAAUAAAAGGCAUGAGCGAUUAUCAGCAGCCCGACCCAUAUGACAAUUUAGACAUGAGGCAAAAUCUACCAGAGAUUUUUACGGAAGACCUCCCCCAGCUGUCCUACCAAAGGUUGUCCAAUGAAUUUGAAACGCUGGACCGUGCUCCGACAUCAGAUUAUAUGGAAUCGAUGCAGAAUAACGGCUCGAUAUAUCAAGGGCAAACCGGUCAUGAACAGCAGAUCCAUGACAAGAUAAAUGAUUUGAUGAUGGAGGGCGGUACUGGGAUAGACCCCAACAUUUGGAAUCUGCCUCCAUUCAGCAGUGAUUCAUGGAUGACCGAGAUGGAGGCCAGUUCACCGUCUCAGAUGUUUGUGAGUGAUGCUUUUAACGUGACGAUGGCCGGCAUGGAAGCUAUGGAUCAACUAGGCCAACCGACUCAUCGAGGCUAUCUGUAA